AUGGGCCUGCCCGUCUCGAAGCUCAUCAUCGCGCGCAAUGAGAACGACAUCCUCCACCGUUUCUUGCAGACCGGCACGUACGAGAAGAACCCCGUUCACGGCGCGGCGGCAGCAGGGGGUCUUGUACAGGAUGGGGCAACAGCGCACCCUGAGGGAGUCAAGGAAACGCUAUCGCCCUCGAUGGACAUUCUUGUAAGCAGCAAUUUCGAAAGACUGCUCUGGUUCGUCGCGCACGACAUCUACAGCUUAAACACCAACAGCGCACAAGAGAAGAGAGAAAGAGCGGGUCGGAACGUCAAAGAAUGGCAGACUCAAUUAAAGACCAACGGCGGAUUCAGCGUCGAGAAACAAGUGCUGGAUGCCAUACGCGCAGAUUUCGCAGCGGAGCGGGUAUCGGAUGUAGAGACGAUUACCACCAUCCGAGACGUUUAUCGAUGGCCCAAGGGCUAA